AUGAAUAAAUUCAAUAUUUCAGCUACAUCAAUAAAUUUUAGAAAGUAGAAAACUACAAACAAUUAAACCAGAAUCGAUUCAUCUACAUCCGUCAAUCAAAACAACCCUACAAUAUAAAGAAAGGAUGAUAAAAACUUGCAAUCAAACACAGAAAGAACAAAGAUUAACUCCAUAAGCAGAGAGAAAAUAAAAGGAAACAAAAACUCUUAUAUUAAAUCUAAAGUAAAUAAUUCUAGUGUUGAUAAAAUUUUUAAUAACUAAAGAGCAUUAUCAUCAAUAUCUCGUUAAUCAAAUUGCAGUCCAACCUCAAAGAGAACAGCCUCAAAAAAUAAGCUCUCUGCCACUCCUUAAAGAGAUAAGUCAAAAUAAACAACUGUAUCAGAAUAAAAAAAGCAGUUAUUAUCUUAAACAUCAAGAUAACAAUAAUAACAAUAGUAAUAAUAGUAAUAAUAAUAAUAAUAAUAAUAAUAACAAUAAUAACAAUAGCCAUAAUAAUAACAAUAGUAAUAACAAUAGCUAUAAUAAUAACAAUAGUAAUAAUAAUAACAAUAGCAAUAAUAAUCUAAAAAAACAGAUAGAUAACAUACUCCAAAAUCAACAAGCAAAUAAAUGUUUACAUCUCCAAAUGUAAAACCUCUUUCUGGCAAUGCAAUAAAUAAAAUGAAACCAACCUUUGAGAAAGGAAAGUCCUUACCUUUCAAAAAAGAGAGUGCACCUGUAAAAUUAAUUUCUCAAAAUACUAAUUUGGGAUACACUGCUUAGAAGUCAAGUAGAAAACCAAAUAAAAAUUUGAGUUAAAAUAAGGAAACACCUAUUCAUUAUGAAGAAUUCACAUUACAAGCAUCAUAAGCUAAGAACGUUUAAACUGAGGGAUUAUCUUGUUUAGUUGAGUCAAUAUUUUUAGGGUCAAAAUAUUAUUAGUCCUCAUUAAUCCAUUUUCAUUAUGAAUAAAUAAAACAAAAACAGUCCCCUUAUAACUAUUUUUUUGAUUUACACUACUCAACAGAAGUUCUAAAGGACUAUUUUAAAGAAUUAUUUCAAGAGCACUUUUUAUAAAAUUAUAAUUGUUUGUAAUAUUGCAAGAAAUAUACCUAAAAUAUUCAAAAGAAUAAAAAGUAUGAAUUUUUACCUGGUUAAUCCCAAGAGAUUAAAACAUUAGUUUUUGAUUUAGAUGAAACUUUAAUCCAUUGCAAUGAUAAUAAUAAUGACCCUACUGACCAUGUUGUAUAGAUAUAAUUGCCAAAUGAAGGGACAGUAGAAGCAAGAAUUAACAUAAGACCCUAUUGUUAAUAAAUGUUAAAACUAUUGUCCAGCCAUUUUGAAUUGAUGUUAUUUACAGCCUCCUAUUAAUAUUAUGCAGACAAAGUACUUGAAUUGAUAGACCCUGAUAGAACGUUAUUUCAAUAUAGGUUUUAUAGGGACAGCUGUAUAGAGGUUGAAGAGGGCCUAUUUGUUAAAGAUUUGAGGAUAAUAGGGAAUAGAAAAUUAGAAAAUAUUUUGCUAGUUGAUAACGCAUCUUAUUCUUAUUGUUUUUAAAUAGAUAAUGGAGUACCUAUAAUUCCAUUUUAUGAUAAUAAAUAUGAUAAGGAAUUGUUAUUUUUGACCGACUAUUUAAUCAACCUGAAGAAAUCUGAUUAGUCAAUUAAGUAAAACAGAAUGCACUUCCGAACUUAUUUUUAUUAGAUUUGCCCCAAUGGAGAUGAAUGCUUGAAAGAGUUAUUUCAAGCGCAUGAUAUUGUUUAGGAUUGA